AUGAACUGGACCCCCCUCAUCCUCACCCUCCUUGUUCAUUGCACAGGCCCUGCAGCCUCCUAUGAGCUGACUCAGGCACCCUCAGCAUCAGUGGGCCUGGGAGAGACAGCCCGCAUCACCUGUGGGGGAGACAACAUUGGAAGUAAAUAUACUCACUGGUACCAGCAGAAGCCAGGCCAGUCCCCUACACUCGUCAUAUACAGUGAUAAAAACCGGCCUUCCGGGAUCCCUGAUCGGUUCUCUGGCGCUAACUCAGGGAACACGGCCACCCUGACCAUCAGCAGUACUCAGGCUGAGGACGAGGCUGACUAUUACUGUCAGUUUUGGUCUGAGUCUCACUCACCAUGGUAUCUCUUCGGCGGCGGGACCAAGCUCACUGUCACUGACCCCAGUCAGCCCAAGACCACGCCCACCGUCUCUCUGUACCCACCGUCCCCUGAGACGCUCCGAGCUGACAAGGCCACACUGGUAUGUCUCAUCACUGACUUCUACCCUGAUGGCGUCACCAUGACCUGGAAGGAAGAUGGGAAAACUGUCACCCAGGGCGUGCAGACCACCGAGUCCACAAAACAGAGAAACAGGAAGUAUGCACUCAGCAGCUACCUGACCGUGACCCAUGCUCAGUGGAAGUCCCAUGACAAGUACACCUGCCAGGCCACCCACGAUGGGACCACCACAGAGCAGACAGUGGUCCCUUCAGAGUGUGCUGGGUCCUGA